CGUCGUCGUCCUCGUCACGAGCAGAGUCGUUACAAGAGCCGUGGUUUCGAAUGCUGGCGGUCCCCAAUUCCCACGAGCUGCGGUCCUAGGGGCACAACGGUAGCCGGUGAGAAAAGGCAGUCAGGAUUUCGCAGCGCCUUUUUGAUUGUGAAGAUCCUGGUAAUGUCGUGGAGGGCUUCACGGAACCGGUGCAACGUUGAUGUGAAAGCGAGGAUGGAUGAUGCUGAACAGUAAAUGUUUCGAGAACUUGCAUCGGUGGGGGGUUAUUUUUUCUUGGAAAGGAGGAUUUUCAGACUCCAGGCUGGGAUUGCGCCCAUUCUGCCAACUCAGAUCGCGUUGAUUGAUUUUCCUAGGUGGUGAGACGCGUUCAAGGGUGAUGCUUCUAGAGCGUAGCGGCAGUUACCAUAGUCUAGGUCGAGCUUAGUGCGGACAUUGCGACUUCCGAUGCUGCCCUGCAGUUAGGGUUACAGGGAAAGAGACAAGCUCGACAAGGGUUGUAUUGAUUUUGCGAAGACAGAAUUGGGUUGUCUUCGAGAACAGAGGCGGAGAAAUUUACGUGUUUGACGAGAGAUUGCUCAAGGGCUUUUGUGUGUUUGUGUGUGUGUGCUAGGAUUUCGAGGUAGGAUCCAGUUACUGUAGGGGUUUCGAGGGGGUUGAGAUUUUGAAGUGCAACAGGGAGUUAUGGCGAAGCGCGAUGGUGAGAAUUUGGGUCCAUCUACUGGUAGCGGUGUGCAAGGUGAGACUCAACUGGGAAUACCGUAUGUGUAUCCUGGUCCGGCAGUCGGGUACCCAGCGCCUGUAAUGACCAAUGCCCCACAGCCACAAAUGCCACCUCAGUAUUACACGCAGCCGAAUCCUUACACGGCGGGCAUGCGGCCCCCGAUUGCGAUCUAUGGUGCUCCUCCUCCUGGGAUGGGGUUACAGGAGACUUUCUACGCGGAUACGCCCGCACCUUUCGAGUGCCCUCACUGUGGCAAACCUGGUCUCACGAAUGUCAGGUCAUCGCUCAGCCUUGCAGCUUGGAUUGCAUGCCUGACGACCGUAUGUGGGUUCUGCUUCCUCACCCGUUCCUGUGACUGCUUGUGGCACAAACAACACUACUGCAACGGUUGCGGUCAGAAGGUGGCGGAGUUCCGAAAGGAUGAUCCAUGCAUCAUUGCAGAUCCUCCACACUGGACUGAGCCUAGUUAUGCUGUACCCGCUUGAGGCCUGAGCAUUUUCCUGCAUUGAACAUCCAAUUUCUCCACAACUUUUCUUCUUCCACGUGUGAAAGGUUUCCUUAGUGUUUUUUUGUAGCCAUGUCUCUGCCUUGUUCUGUGUGCAAAUGAUCAUGACAGAUUACAAGAUAAUUUUGCAUUAUAAAUUUACCAUAUUCUUAUGUACAUAGCGAUAGACCAGUUUGUUGGGAAUUUGAGUGCUUUUUUAAAAAAUAAAUUCUUUGCUCUCCAGUGAAUAAAGUCUCCACAGUACUAUGUGUGAGCUUUAAUAGUGGAAUUCAUUCUCCUUGCUUUGCAGUCUAAGGAAACCUCCGAAUUUUAUGGAAGCCGACUCAGGGAUUUAAAAAGUUUGUGUCGUUAUGAUACUUAAUAAUUGUAAACAUUGUAAAUUUUUUUUUCUCAACAUAAACAUCAUCUUUCCUGUU